AUGUCCAGCACCACAGUCUUUGGUCUCUCGCUGAAGCAGGUCUCGCUUGCCGUUCUCACGGUGCAGAACACGGCGCUGGGCGUGGUGAUGCACCAUAGUCGUGUGUCAGCACCUCUCGGAAAGUCCUACUUUUUUCCCACGGCCGUUCUUCUGACAGAGCUUCUCAAGUGCCUGAUAUCCUUCCUGAUUGCAGCGAUAUCGAUAGACAGUCCAUCCUCUGAUUCCCUUCCGCUCCCUUCAGCAACCAAACGCAAGCAUUCGCAUCCAGAGCACGAUUCGCUCGCACCACGCACACACUCGGCCGGCUCGUCAAAGGUCUCGGAGAGAUCAUCGCCACUCAACCCCUCCAAAGUCGACCUUGUCAUGGACGAGAUCGCCGCACAGGACUACUGGAAGCUCUCCAUCCCCGCCUUUCUCUACGUCUUGCAGAACAAUCUCCAAUAUGUCGCCGUCUCCAAUCUCGAGCCGCCCGUCUUUAUCUGCGCAUAUCAGAUCAAGAUUCUCACCACUGCCUUUUUCAGUAUCGUUAUGCUUCGCAAGAAGAUUGGCAUGUGGCAGUGGCUCUCGCUUGGCAUGCUUGCAAUUGGCGUUGCUGUCGUUCAGAUUCAGAGCAAAUCCGUCUCAGGUCUCGUCCCCUUCGAGGUUCGCACACAUGGCUAUGGCCACGUCUCUGCCGGUCCAGCUGCUGAUCUGCCGCCUCCUCCACCACCGCCGCCCUUCGACUCGCAUCGAGCUCCACCGCCAGAGCGUCUUCCCAACGUCGGCUCCUUCCUCUCUGGCCCCGGUACCAAGGACUACGACCAUCUUCCUCCAUCCUCGCCCUCCUUUGACGGCUCACGCAUCUCUAUGAGCAUGGAGGAAAGCGCAAAAGCCGACAAGCCUAUGCAGCCGAUCCAAGGUUUCCUAGCUGUCAUUGCUGCUUGUUUCACAUCAGGUCUUGCCGGCGUCUACUUUGAGAUGGUCCUCAAGACUUCUUCCGCCAAUCUCUGGACAAGGAACGUACAGCUCUCUGCCUGGUCCUUGUUCCCAGCUGCCUUACCCGUUCUCCUCGAGAUGCUUCGUCGUGGUGUCGCUGCACCUUUCCUUCACUUUGGCGCAAGUGCUUGGGCUACCGUCGUGCUUCAGGUCACUGGUGGCCUAGCCGUCGCCAUGGUCAUUAAGCAUGCCGACAACAUCUUGAAGGGCUUUGCCGUCAGCUUCAGUAUCGUUCUCAGCUUUGGCUUCAGUGUCGCCUUUUUCAAUUUCCCCUUCACAGCCCCAUUUGCCGCAGGUGUAGCACUCGUCAUCUUGAGCACCUUGUCCUACUCUCGCGGUCCCUCAAAGUCUUUGUCAAAAUCAGCAUCCUGGAGCGCUAUAGCAGAAGCAGCAUCCUCCUCAGCCUCUUCCUCGUUCAGAGAUAAAGCCAGACUACUCAGAGAUUGA